GUACACCCUAUUGGAUGGCACCGGAAGUGGCUGCUGUUGAGCGCAAGGGUGGCUACAAUCAAUUAUGUGAUAUUUGGGCUUGUGGUAUUACAGCAAUAGAAUUGGCUGAACUGCAACCACCUAUGUUCGAUUUACAUCCAAUGCGUGCUUUGUUCCUGAUGUCAAAAAGUGGUUUCAAACCUCCAACUCUCAGUAAUAAAGAGAAAUGGAGUCCUACAUUUCAUAAUUUUGUAAAAACAGCUUUAACAAAGAAUCCUAAAAAACGUCCCACAGCCGAAAGACUACUCCAGCAUCCGUUCGUUCAGGGUGAAAUGUCUGUGCGAGUGGCCAAAGAAUUGCUCAAAAAAUAUAUGAAUCCAAAUCAACAGUUUUACUAUAACUGGGAUGGUGAUGAAGAGACUGUUGCCAGUGUACCACAACGUAUUGCCAGCAAAAUGACAUCAAGGCCGAAUGGUAUAUCACCACAAAACCAUACUUUAAAAACAGGCAUGACAACAUCCAGUUCACCAUGGAGCAAUGAACGUUCAUCUAGUCCUGAAACAUUACCAAGUGACAUUCCCAUAUUAAAACAACAUCAACAAUUACAACAAAAAAAGCGUAUACAAAAACUUACCGGAACCUUAAUUAUGAACAUGUCCUUAAGGUCAGCAAUGGCAACA